CAGGGCAAAGUUACCAUGUACCCCUGAACAAUGGUGCUCCAGAACGCAGAUGCCAUGGGGGUGCUAAGGCAGCCGGAAGCAUAUCCAUGUCCGACCUCUUUGGAGAAGGCUCAUUUGGAGGACAUCUGUACACCAAAAUGCUGCCGGUCACCAGAUAAGGAGGGAUCCCCGGCCCGGAGCAGCAUGGGAGGCGACUCACUGUCUUCAGAAGGUGGUUCUAGUCCUGGGGGGAACUCCAGCGACACAACUGAAGACGACGAGGCAAGCAGUACAGAGAGUGCCCAGAAAGGGUGCGAGAGUCCCUGCACAGAAAGAAACGGGUGCCCCGCAAAAUGGGAUCGCCCGCCACCGCCCCGUCAUCAAGCUCUGAGCAAGAUCUCAGCUCUUGAGAACCGGAUCAAGGAGCUGCAUCACCGGAAGAAAGAGAUGAACAUCGAGCAGAUGGACUUGGAAGGGGCCUUGCUGGAAGGAGAACUGAAAGGAGAGAGAGAGGAGCUGCGCCAGGAGGAGGAGCGGCUGGUGGAGCUGCAGAGGCGGCUGGUGGAGACAGAGCACAGGUGCCAAGCAGAGCGAGAGAAGGAGAAGGCGCGGCUGCAGGAGGAACGCCACAAGGUUGAGGAACUGCAGCGGCAGCACGCUGAGUCCCAGACGCAUCUCAACAACCAGCCCGAAUCCAUGAGGGAACGGAUGCAGAGCCAGCUCCAGGAGACAUCUGAGAUGCUGGAUGGAGCCCUGAGGAGCUAUGAGGACCUAGAGUUCCAGCAGCUGGAGAGGGACAGCCGUCUGGAGGAGGAGAAAGAAGCCGCCUGCCAGGCCUUGGCCCAGGAGAUCACGCAGCUUCAAAACAGCAUUAAUCAGAGGAAGAGGAAGGUGCAGAGAUUGGAAGGGCAGGCCCGUUUGACUCAGGAACAGAUGGUCGGCGAGAGCCAGCGAUUUGCCCAGGAGAAGGGAGAGGCCGUCAGGAGUCUCAAUGCGGAGAAAAACCGUCUAAUGGAUAUGGGCCCAGAGUAUUUGGAAGAGAGCGGGGGUGACUCUCCGGACAACCAGCAAUCUCUCACUCAGCUCACUUUUACCCAAAAGACAGAUCGGAAGGUCAUUGUGUUGGGUUCCGACCAGUCUGACUCGUCCUCCUGUGUCUUCUCCGUCCGCAGCUCUGUCAAGGGCUCAAUCGGACUGCAGAGAACCGGGAGUCUGCCACGGAGGCGUGGGGAUCGCCUCCCCACCAGGACGGCACAGCGCCCCAUCUCACUCCACGGUGCCCUGGACCCCAGCAUGCUAGCAGUGCAGCUCUCUGGAGGAGGCAAUGGAUCCUACUUGAGCAGCACAGGCCUGCAGUACUCACGUCUCAACAACCCCCUCUUCCAGCUGUUGGGUGGCCAAGGAGCCGUGGGCCAGCUGGGAGGGACCACGCAAGGAGCUUACAACCUGGGAAAUAGCGUCACCACGCUGGCUGAGAUGGAAAGGAAGGUGCGGGAAGCCAUGGCAGAGCGGGAACGGCUACUGCAGGAAAGGGAAGCCAAGAGAGCCGCCGAGGAGGCCAGACGCAUGGAGCUGCCCACGUCGACCAAGAUUCCCGACCCCGUGGAGAUCCGGGAGCUGAAGCCAGCUGCGUUCGACCUGCGCAAACACCUGGAGGCAUCGGGGCAUAGUGUGGAUACCUGCCCGCAGGUGCGGGUAACCAGCAAGGCCUGCAAAGGUUACCUGGUCAAGAUGGGUGGCAGGAUCAAGACCUGGAAAAAGCGCUGGUUCACCUUUGACCGCCAGAAGCGUGUCCUGGCAUACUAUGCAGACAAAGAAGAGACCAAGCUCAAAGGUGUGAUUUACUUCCAAGCUAUUGAAGAGGUCUAUUACGAUCAUCUCCGCAGUGCCUUCAAGAGCCCCAACCCCAAGCUGACCUUCUGCGUCAAGACAUAUGACCGUCUCUUCUGUAUGGUGGCACCCAGUCCCGAGGCCAUGCGCAUAUGGAUAGACGCGAUCGUUACGGCAGCAGAGGAGAAUGCUCGCUACUAAUGGACGCGAUCUUCCCAGGACUCGACUCUGCACAUUUGACCUCUGCACUUUGACCUCCAGUCCCAAGGUGCUUCCUGGUGUGACUUGUGACUCCUCCCCAAAGGGGAGUUUGACAGCACAGUAGCCAGUGGGAAAGGCUGUUUAUUUUUAUUUUUGGAAGCCCACAGUUCGUCCAAUUGUUGGAUCAAAAGGAUGGGAUCUAAGUACCCAGUGGGCCCCAUCAUAGAGUUGUUGGCACCUUUAAAUCCACUGCCUGAAGAUCAUAAUUUUUAAAGCAAAACAAAACUGGAUCAAUUAAAAAAAUGUAGUUUCUGACGGCUAUCAGGAAAGGAUUGUGUCUCAGCUGACGGACGUCGGUGCGAAUUGCCGUCAGUGUUAUGAAAUCAAAUUCCGCUGAAUUCAAACCAACACCUCUGGGGCAAUCCCUGGUUAGAUAUCAUCUGCUGAAGAAGCGAGAGACUUUGGAGAGAAGAGACUUGGUGUGAAUUUUAACUGGUGACUUGGCCAGAACUUCCACGGAGUGGAAAAGAUGCUAUUGUCCUGUCCAGUGGGAAUCUACCUUCAUGAACAAAGGGAAGAUAAGACUUGCUCUAACACGAGGUCAGAUUUGGCCUUGGUUCUAACUGUUCAAAGCAGCCCUGAUUCCCACAAUCCCUUGCACUUAGACUUCUGUAACAAUUCAAGGUUUUCUUCCCACAAUGCCUUGCCCCAGUGCCUUAACAUGGAUUUGUUUGGAACACAGAAGAUGUUCCUACAGUACAGGGAACUCUGGUGGGAACUGCCGUACCUUGAAAACAGGAUGGUAAGAACAGGCCCACGGCUGUACAGCACUCGUAUUUAUUGUAUGCUUUGGGACUCUUCUGAAAACAUGGGGCACUGUUUCAAGGGAACUGUGUAUAAACUUGUAGACUAUUUAUUAUAUAAACCUGUUAAGUGGAAACGGA